UUCAAUCACUUUUUUUUCUCUCUUUCCUUCUCACAACGGCGCUCUUUAAGCUCCGGUGCGCGAUACAGAGCGGCCAUUCAUUGAAGGGCAAACCAAACGAGGGGGCAGGGGACAGGGCGAGCGUCACACUGGUGGACAGGGGAACGCACGAACUCCCGUGUUGAACGGGCGACCUCCUAAACUCUGCAUUGGCGACAUCGGUGGAAGUGAAUGGGAAGUGCAAAGGACAGGAUUUGGGUACAUUCGAUUACGCACGAGUAGGCUAUGGGUUUACGCGUGGCAUAUAGGAAUAAUUCCAUAUAAAGGAGCGAGUCCGGAGCACAUCUCUCAGCUGUAGCUUAAAGUUUUGCAUUCUCUGAACAAAUUUACCAAAUUUUCCUGCAAGGAUAUUUUUUGUUGCCAAUCGAUAAUAGCCUAUACAUUAAAAUGUCUGGAGAGGAGCACAGUCUAUCCGAGGCAGAGUUGAGUCCCGGGGGCUCAGAUGAUGGUCACUCUCUGUCACCGGCACACUCCGGGGCCACCGGCGGCCGGGACUCCCCGCUCAUCGGUCCGUCGCAGCAACUGACUGGGCUUUCUGGCGCAGAUGGCGGCGGAGAGGACGGUGGACUAGUACCCAAGUCAGAGGUGGAUAUGGACCGGUUCCCCAUCGGCAUCCGCGAGGCGGUCAGCCAGGUGCUGGACGGAUACGACUGGACGCUCGUGCCCAUGCCCGUGCGCGUAAACAACGGGAACAAGAGCAAGCCGCACGUGAAGAGGCCGAUGAACGCCUUCAUGGUGUGGGCGCAGGCCGCGCGCCGUAAACUGGCGGACCAGUACCCUCACCUGCACAACGCGGAGCUCAGCAAGACACUCGGCAAACUUUGGAGGCUCCUGAAUGAGAGUGACAAGAGGCCUUUCAUUGAGGAGGCGGAGCGACUGCGGAAACAACAUAAGAAGGACUACCCAGAGUACAAGUACCAGCCCCGCAGACGCAAGAACGGCAAGCUGGGGACCAAUGGUGAGGGAGGGGAGGGAGCAGAGGGGGAGGGCAGCCACGCCCAGUCCCAUUACAAGGCCCUCCACCUGGAUGUGCACAGUACAGGGGCUGGGUCCCCCAUGGCCGACCUCCACCACCAUCAUCACCACCCCCUGCAGGUGAAAGGAAACAGAACUACCAUUCCAAAUGGUUCACUUCUAUUGCUUUUCCUUCCAGGUCAGGGUCACAGCCCGCCAACACCCCCCACCACCCCAAAGACAGAGCUCCAGUCUGGAAAGAUGACGGAGGGGAAGAGGGAGGGCGGAGGUGGCUCAGGGUCCUCCCGUGGAGGAGGCCUGGGGGUAGGAGCAGAGGGGGCCUCCGGGGGCCAUUCAUCAGCGGGCGGGAAACCCCACAUCGACUUCUGCACCAUGGACAUCGGCGAGAUCAGCCACGACGUGAUGGCCAACAUCGAGCCCUUCGACGUCAACGAGUUUGACCAGUACCUGCCGCCCAACGGGCACCCGGGGGUCGGCCAGGGCGGCGCUGCCACAUCAAGCUCCUCCGCUACAUCCUACGCCUACGCCCUCGCCGCCGCCAGCGGUCACUCAGCCGCCUGGCUCUCCAAGCAGCAUCAGCAUCAACAGCCCUCCCCCUCUGCCUCAGACGCCACCAAGGCCCAGAUCAAGAGUGAGUCCGGGGCCGGGAGCCACUACGCAGAGACUUCCUCCUCUUCGUCAGGAACCCACGUCACCUACACCCCCCUCAGCCUCCCCCACUACGGAUCAGCCUUCCCCUCGCUGCCCUCCAGGGCCCAGUUUGAGUACGGGGAGCACCAGGCUCCGGGGCCGUACUACGCCCACUCCAGCCAGGCCCCGGGGCUGUACUCAGCCUUCUCCUACAUGGGGCCCAGCCAGAGGCCCCUCUACACUACCAUCACUGACCCCUCCAGCGUGGCCCAGUCUCACAGUCCUACACAUUGGGAGCAGCCUGUCUAUACCACCCUGUCACGGCCAUGAGAGACUGAGAUGCAUGGGAUUGGAUGUGUGUGUGUGUGUGUGUGUCUCUACACCACCUUCUCACGACCCUGAGAAAGGGAUAAAGAAAGACAAAGAUUGGAAGAGUGGCUACUGAAUAAAUGUG